AUGGAAAAAGCAAAAUAUAGGUACUCAGUCUCGGGUAGUGCCGCACACACUCGAUUGGUACCGUUGUUGCCAUCUGACUGGGAAGACUGCAGUCCAACUAAGGAAACGCCAUCGGGCAAUGAAGAAACUUUGGUUCCAGAUUUCGUUUGGGAGAAUGGUCCUAGGAAAGCAACCAGGCCUUACCGAGAUAUUCUUAAGGCGUAUUCUCAUCUACCCAAUGGUUCAGCGUGCCUGGAUAGUAAAUGGGUUUUAGCCCGUCUCCUCAAUGAAGAUGCAGAAACAUCAAUCGACAAAAAUGACAACGCCUUCAGCUUUUUGGCGACACUGGAAUCCCACUGCUUCAAAGGACCCGAUGGAUAUGCCAGUUUUUGCCAACGGGUCUUCACCGAGAAGGAAGACGGGCUCUCAGAAGAAAGCGACGAACCUGGAAUUUUUCCUGAUUUGUUGAUUAACAAUGGAGCGUGUCCAUCGACGGUGCCACCGAGUCCCUCCAGUUUGUGGGUGGUUAAAGACGCCUUCAGCAAUGGCGCGGGAGGAAUCUGGGUUGUCGACAGCUCGACUUCCAAUGCUCUCAAUAAAACUCCCAAUGCCAGUGGCCCUUUGUACCAAAAUCAUCAAUAUGUGGCCCAAAGAUACACUUGGCCUCCGGUGUUGUAUGGAGGCAAGAAAAUGCACGUCCGAGUGUAUGGGCUAUUGACAUCGGAUGGCAGAGCAUUUGUGCACAAGCGAGCCUUCUUGCACGUUGCCAAUGACAAGUUUCAGCUAAAGGAAGACCCAAAUAAGGAGGAGAAUGAGGAUCAUUCAAAAAUACCAGACGACAACUGUUUACCAGCUGAAAAGGUUUUCAGAGGAACCGUUCAUAUUUCCAACUGCUGUGCUAAUUCGCACGAUCAGACCGCAUUUGCUGGAGAAAUCUUGGCUGACCUGGAAGCCACCGAUAUGGCCGUUGACAAGGAGACAGAACAGCCAAUUUACCCCUUGGGGCCUUUCUUCCCGUCCAUGAAAGCCUCCCUGGCGGCUCUCACUCAACGUGCUUGGCCCUUUUUGGCGGGAGGACAGGGAAACAAUGGAUUCGAAUACUUAGGCAUGGAUUUCAUCCUUUCCUACAAGCAAUCCGACAGCACCAACGAACGAGAACCGGUUGCCUAUCUCUUGGAAGUCAAUGCGCCCCCGGCACAAGACACAGCCACAGGCCUCAAGCAUGCUGAAGACUUGCACGAUGAUGUUAUCCGCGAUAUUAUGACCCUAUGGGUACUUCCAAAAGUAACCGAUGGAGUGUACGCGGAAACACCUGGAGGCUGGAGGUUGGCGCACACAGUCCCCUCGGAAGGCGACAACACGGAAAACGACGAACCCAUUCUCCCAUCAAAGGCCGCAAUCAUCAACAAGAUUCGGUGGGGAAUGCUGGAACGGAGAACUACAAAGCAAGAAAGCAGGCACACGACAACAGAAAAGGCGAGUGCCUUAUCAUCAAGGUAUGUCAACUCUCAAGAUCCGACGGAGAGCCAUUCACCUGAUUUCAUAGCUGCUCGAACCCGAAACCUGUUCCCCUAUUUUUCUGACUUUCCUGGCAUUGCUGCAGAAGCGACAAGUAGCGAGGCCGCUAGCCGCGUUCCUCCUAAAAUAUUUUGGGAGAACGCUGGUGGGGCUCAGGUACCUUUCCAUGUAAUUCGGCAAAUGACUGGUGCCUUGGGACACAGAAAUCGUUCCGUUGAGGGCGCAAUGACGAAAGAACGGGCACGAAACGUCCUUGGAACGUUGCUAGGUGCCGCCCCUGAUGACUACUUUGUCUUCCUUGGACCAAACGCGUCAACCUUGCUCCUCAGUCUAGCCAAUCAAUAUGCGAGUUCUGGGAUGAUCAAGAACGGUGACGAGAUUGUUCUGAGUACCGAAAAUCAUUUGGCAAACGUUAACCCAUGGAUAGCGGCUGCAGAAAUGGUGGGUGCAACGAUCAAGUGGUGGGCGCCCACUCGAUUCGGCGAAGAGACAAAACAGGAUGAAUCUGCUUCGCCCUUUCUGUCUGACAUCCUAACAAAGAAGACGCGUAUCAUUGCGAUCUCUCACGCAUCAAACAUUUUGGGCCAACUGCGAGAUGUAAGAUCCAUUCGAACCAUGGCGGACUCCGCCACGAAAGGCUACGCCCUGUUGGUGGUCGACGCUGUUGCUGCGGCGCCGCACAUUUAUCCAAAUGUCUCCAGCCUUGGCGUUGAUUGGUAUGUGGUUUCGUGCCACAAACUGUUUGGUCCUCACAUUGGAGCUUUGUUGGGGCGGAAGGCUUCUGUGGAUCAAUUGGUCACUGCAUCGAUGACGAAUCACCACUCCAUCGAGAGUUUGCCAUACAAACUCCUGGAGGUCGGAACAAUCAACUAUGAGGGAUGUUCCGGGAUCGUCGGUCUAGGAAUGUACAUCAGAGAGCUGGGUAUGUUGCAGCUAAGCCAAGGUUCAGACGGUGCUAUUUGGAGGGAUGAGCAGACUUCAUGCCAGACUCCUCGGCAGGAAUCGUAUUGGUGCCCUCUAGUCUCAGAUGCGGAAAGCCCUACGCAAGAUCAAGUCAUGAUAGCAUACCAAAGAAUCAGAAGGGUUGAAGAGUGGCUAGUGGAUUGUCUUUUGACUGUUUUGCGAAAGUCUGACAAGGUCCGCAUUAUUGAGAUCCCGGAGUCCGAGCUAUUCUGUGUCGCCAGGCUUCCAGUGAUUAGUUUUGUGCACGAAACAGUCAAGUCAAGCACAAUUGUUGAGUGUUGUUCCAAGAAUGGUCUUAUUUGUCGGCAUGGAACUUUUCUGUCCAAUCUACAGCUACUGGAAGAUUUUGGCGUCUCGGUGCCCGAGGGUGUUGUACGUGUCUCCCUACUUCACUACAACUUGAGGAUCGAGGUUGAUGCCUUUGCAGAUAUUUUGGAAUCAAUUCCAGGCUGGUUCUAG